AGUGAUGGGCCGCAGCUUGUUAUCCACCUUCAUUAGACCCAAUUAUCAAUUUAAUUCUUAAACUGGAUUUAGCAAAGAUUGCCGACAAUUUUUAUAUACUGUUUGACGUUCCAUGAAGAAGGAGGGUGGACGUGUAUGGAUACAGACAUGCAAUAACCAUUCACCAUGGUUCAUAAAAGUAAAUCUUUUUGGAUUGGAAAUUUUAAGGACUAUUCCAUAAAUAUCAAUGUUGGAGGACUGAAGAAGAAAAUCAGCUCCAUCACACUAUCACAGUUCCCGGACACUAGGCUUGGACGUUUACUAUUUUGUGACUCUGAAGAAUCCAUCCUACAAAUCUGUGAUGACUACGACUUGGCAUCUAAAGAGUUUUACUUUGACCGAAAUCCAGGUCUUUUUCCAUACGUCUUGUACUUUUAUGAAACCGGUAAACUGCACAUGAUGGAUGACCUAUGUGCCUUCUCCUUCUCCCAGGAAAUAGAAUAUUGGGGGAUCAGUGAGUUUUUUCUAGACUCUUGCUGCAGUUAUCGAUACCAUGACCGUAAGUUAGAAAGCAGAAGACGUAACUGGGAUGAAGAGAGUGAGGUGAGCAGUGUGGACACAUCUGUAGAUGAGAUUUCUGACUUUAACCAUGACCUCCUGCGUUUCAACACAUUACAAUGCGGCAACUUGCGCAAAAGGCUUUGGCUAACUACGGAAAAUCCUGGCUAUUCCAUUCCCAGCAAGAUUUUCAGUUUUAUUUCUAUCUGCGUAGUUCUCCUCUCAAUAUCUACCAUGUGUAUCAACAGCAUGCCAGAAUAUCAAAACCUAGAUGAGGAUGAUGUUCCCAUUGACGAUCCAAUCCUUCACAACCUGGAAUAUUUCUGUAUCUCUUGGUUUACAUUUGAAGUAUCUUCUAGGCUGCUCCUUGCUCCCAACCUCAAGAAGUUCUUUAAACAUCCAUUAAACUUAAUAGACAUAGUUUCUGUUCUUCCAUUCUACUUCACCCUUUUGGUAGAUCUGACCAUUGGCAGUGAUCACGAAUUAGAAAAUGUGGGGAAGGUCGUUCAAGUGUUUCGACUAAUGAGGAUUUUUCGAGUAUUAAAAUUGGCGAGACAUUCAACUGGCCUUCGAUCACUUGGAGCUACACUUAAGCACAGCUACAGAGAAGUGGGCAUCCUACUGCUUUAUCUGGCUGUUGGUGUCUGCGUCUUUUCUGGAAUGGCAUACACGGCAGAGAAGGAUGAAGACACAGGGUUUGACACAAUCCCUUCUUGUUGGUGGUGGGGGACAGUAAGUAUGACCACUGUAGGCUAUGGUGAUGUUGUACCCGCCACCGUAGCUGGAAAACUAGCGGCUUCUGGUUGCAUCUUGGGUGGAAUAUUAGUUGUAGCAUUACCAAUAACCAUCAUAUUCAACAAAUUUUCACACUUCUACCGAAGACAGAAAGCUCUGGAGAAUGCUGUGAGAAACAGUGACAGGAGGCCGAGCAAAGAACCCAGUGUGGAUGGAGAAAAAGAAUCUGAGAAUUUUACUGAACUGUAGGUAACGACAGAGAGAACUACCAUAUAUUUUCUGUGACUAUGCAUGUACAUACAUACACUAUGCGAUAAACAAAUGUAUAUUUACCCUGCAAGUGUCUCUCACACUGAAGCAAUAUGAUACUAGCACAAUGCAAGAAGGUUUUUUUCCUUUGGGACAGAGGUCUUUUAUUUACAGAGGAAACAUAAAAUAAUAAAAUAAAAAAUGACACCCCAAAACCGACAACGUGGUAUGGUCUGCAUUACAAAUGUCAGCUUGUUGUGCAUUGAUGUGCAUGUUGGCCAAUAGGAAAUUAUAAAAUGCCAUACAAACACCAUAUUUUUUGUAGGGGCGUUCUAAGCCAGUUUCCAUGCAUUUUUUUCAACCCUUUUUGCUUAAAAAAAUAUGCUGAAAAGCAAGAAAAACAUUGUUCCUAAAAAAAUAAAAAAUAAACACUUGUAAGGGUGGUAUAAAAGGGUAGUAUAUUUUUUUUUCUGUAUAUUUUAGGCAAAACGCCAGCUUCAGGUCUUACAUAGAAGUCUAUGGAAAUAUUAAACGCAGCAUAUACCGGUAUGUGUUUUGCUGUAGUGGCGUUUUUUGACAGGAAGUACAUUUUUGAAAUCACAACAUGGUAUGGCAUUGUUUGCUUCAUUUUCUGACAUUUUUGUCCGACAGAUAACUAUUGGUUUUUGCGUUUUGUUGCGUUUUUCAGUGACAUUUUUGUUUCGAUUUUUAAUCAAUGCAUUUUCUGCAUACUGCUCUACAGAGGGAGUGACAUUGCAGGGGGCUAUAUAUUUUCAUAUCUAAAAAUGCAACCCCACUAAAAAACACCCAUGCUCUUUUGGUCACUUGGUGCCAGUGUAUUGUGGACCCGCCGUACAAAAUGUGUCAAUGCUCCAAAAAAACUGUCUAGUCUAAGUUUACACCACCUAUAAGUUGGUGUAGUUUUACAAAUAUGUGUCAAAAUAUGUGCCAAAAUGUUAGCACAUUUAGGUCAUGCCCUCUUUCCCAGUGAAGCCUCGCCCCUUGUCAGGCGAGGCGUAAAAUGUUUACAAAACAGUGUAAAUCAGUUAGUAAAUGUGAUGCAAAGGGCCAAAAAACUAGCACUUUUUUAAUAGUAAAUCUGCCCCACUGUACAAUGGAAAGAUUUACACCUGUUCUGUAUUUUUGACCUGCUCCUUGUUUGGCUCACAAUCACUGAUGAAAAUCGCUGAUCAGUGGUCAGUCAAAAACGGACCAAACAUGGAUUCCAUCAGUGUUGUGUCAGCAACCGUUUACUGACUCAGACUUCAAUCGGUGUGUUUGGUCUGCAUCACAGACCAAAGUACUGCAUGUCUCCGUGAUUUUUUCACUGACCUACGGUCAGUAAAAAGCUACCGAUAUGUGUUCAAACACAUUAAAAUCCAGGAGCGUAGCUAUAGUGUAAGCAGGGGAAGAGGCUGCUAUGGGGCUAUAACUCAGAAUAGGCCAGUCCAGGGGAAGGACUAAAAGAUUUAAUUAACAGUAUUAUACAAUUACAUUAUGUACAGUGACAGUAUAUACCGUGAUAUGACAUACAGUAUACAUGUAGGAAACGGACAGAGCAGCUGCCUGGCCUGGUCUGAGAAAGUGAUCUUGACUAGCCACAGGAGUGAGGGUUGCACAGGAGGAGGGGAUUGCUGGGGGGGGGGGGCAGUUCAAAAAUGUAAUGUGGGGCCCAAUCACUGCUAGUUACGCCACUGCUAAGAUCAAAGGGUACAUCUGCUGUCCAUAGAAAAUAAGGAUAGCACACGUUGGUGAAAAAUGAAAAUGUGAACGAGGCCUCAGGCCAUCUGUGCAUGAGGCUCCCUACACUUUUUAAAUGCUAAGCAGUUACCAAAAGACCUAUAAUCAUAGUCCUGAGUGAGAGAGAAGAAAAAGACCCACACACUCCCAAUAUGUUAGAGUACUGGAAGUGGAACUUAUAUCUAACAGACAUUUAUGACAUCAUUUUAAAGUCCAUAAAUGUAUCAAAUGGUAAUACCUCGUUUAGUUUUAUGGCGGCCCCUGGGAGUGGUUCAACAUGAAUAUGCAAGGUUUUAGGUCAAAAGGAGCAUGAUAUAAGUGAAUAACAUAUCUGUCUCCACCUAAGGCCUUAUGCGCACAACUGUAUUUUCAGUCUGCAUCCGAUCGCAUUUUUUGCAGACUGGAUGCAGACCUAUUCAUUUCAAUGGGGCUGCGAAAGAUGCGGACAGCACACAGGGUGUUCUCCGCAUCCGUUUGUCUGCUCCACUGGCCUGCCCAAAAAAUUUAACAUAUCUUAUUCUUGUCUGUUUUGUGAAAGGACAUUUCUACAGGAGUUAAAAAAAAAAAAUAUGGCAGCAUGCACAUGGCUGGGAUCCGUAUUUUCUAGAUGUGUGGUUUGCGGACCACAAAACACAUACGGUCGUGUGCCUGAGGCU